UACUCGCUUGUGUGAGGUGUAUAAAGUCUCUCUUAAUCCUCCCUCUUCCUUGCUUUUCGCCCCACUCCUCUUUGCCACCCUUUUGUUAUCAACAUGCUGGCCUCUGUCGUCUUCGCUUUUAGCUUGAUAGUGUUCACGACUGCUGCUCCUCACUCGAAGCGCCAGCUUGCACAGGUGAUCAGUAGCUGCACCCAACCGAACACGGUCGCACUUACUUUUGACGAUGGUCCUUGGGAAUACGCAGAAGUCGUUAGCGAUGCUCUCACCUCGAAGGGCGCCAAAGGCACAUUCUUUUAUAACGGAAAUAAUUACGAGUGCAUUUACGACCAAGCUGAGAUCGAACGAGUGCAAUACGUUUAUAACGCUGGUCACCAACUUGCCUCACACACUUGGAGCCAUCCCGACCUAACUACCCUGACUUGGGAUGAAAUUCAUGAUCAGAUGUGGCGCGUAGAACAAGCCCUAGAGAGAAUUGUCGGCGUUGUUCCCGCAUACAUGAGGCCCCCGUACGGUAAUUAUAACGAUCUAGUGUUAGAGGCCGCCUACAUAAGGGGGCAGCAGGUUGUCCUCUGGGAUUUCGAUUCUGGAGACUCCGUUGGCGCCUCCGUCCAGGAGAGCGAAAGUACUUAUGACAGCACUAUCAGUCAACACCCCAGCACGAUUCUAGCAUUGAAUCAUGAGACGUAUGAAACAACUGCUUAUGAUGUGCUUCCAUAUGCCAUCGACGAACUGCAAGCGGCCGGAUAUUCUCUUGUAACACUUGCUGAGUGCCUUGGCGAAUCACCGUACCAGAGCGUCGGCAGCCCACAAGUGAAUGAUGGAUGGACCUGUUAAGUUGCCUCGUCAUUUCAGCACGAACUAUGUCAUGAUUUGGACUAUUCUGAUUGUGGACUUUUUCUUAUGCUAUCGGCACCGUUCGCUGCGGCAUAUUUCGUUAUGAUCUUACUAGUUACGCUUUCUGUCCAUUUCUAACGAAUACGUGAAUCAUCUGUCAACCAUCAUUUCUUUGAUCCGUGACAUACC